AUGAGAGUCGGGUACCAGGACGGUGUGGUCUAUGACUGCUUAGUCACUGAUACUCCGGAGUAUGCCGCUGGCCAGGCGAUAGCUUCGAAACAAGUCCCGUGGAUGAGUAACAUCAAAUACGGGAAUUAUACAGUUUAUUUUGUGGUGGUGGUGAUAUUUAUUGCCAUGGUCCACAGGCUGUACAGCAUAUUUUCCGAUGCUUCGUACCGGUCACAGCGAGCUCGCGAUAGAGCUGCUACGUUCUCGGUCGAGCUGAAAAGCACUUCGAGAUCAAGCGAUAAAAUUAGCCAGCAUCGCGAAACUACGAGACAAGUGACUCGUGGUGUCGUCGCUGGUGAUAUUAGUCGAGAUGCUAGCACGACUGGUGCUUCGACUCCAGCAGAAACAACUGAUGCUGUAUUUGAUAAUCAACUGGUGGCAGAACAAAGUCGAGAUGAUACAGUUGAUCUGAAACGAGACCGACUAACAGAUGGUCUGACAGGCGGUCCAGAUUUCAAAAGGGGUUUGAAUGGUUCAGAUUUAGAUUUUGUGCCCAACUCGAAUCCAUCAGGGUUGACUGCUCCUGUCAGAAAAAUGGUGGCUUUGGUCAGAUAUAUUGGCUAUAGACGGUUUCCUACAGUGUGGACUGAGACGGUUGGAGUACCAAGUUCGGUGGGAGCUGUUUUGUUGCUCGGUGCGGGGUUUCUUUACCUUCUUCUGUGGUGUUUCAUCCCCAGAUCAUACUAUAAAGCAUGUAUUGCCAUGGGCUCACCGCCUCUGGGAAUCCGAUCGGGACUCAUGGCUAAUGCCCUGACUCCGUUUAUUUAUGCGUUUGCUGGUAAGAUUAAUAUUGUCACUUUUAUUACUGGCACCAGCUACGAGAAGUUAAAUGUAUUUCAUCGUGGAGUAGCAUGGAUCUCGUUCUUUUUUGCUCUCGUUCAUACUGUUGUGUUUCUUGUCCAGCCUGCUUGGGAAGGAGGUGCUAAGUACCUGAAAGAGUACUUCAUGGCCACUCCCCAGUAUACCAGUGGAGUAGUGGCUACAGUGUUUCUGUUUGUUCUGUCGAUAUUUUCACUGCAGUUUAUUCGCCAGAGAUACUAUGAAGCGUUUUUGCAUGUUCACUGGCCGGUAGCUAUUGGAUACCUGGGUAUUUUGUUUUGGCACGAUACUGGCGCUCUUGCAUCGUGGUCGUUUCUAUGGGCCACUAUUGGAGUGCUGUUGAGUGGAUAUUUGUACAGAUACUUUUACAAGACCAAUUAUCUACAACUGCGUCGUAACUGGUUUAGUUUAGACGAGGCCGUUCUACGUGUUCUGGAUGACGGAGUUGUGCAAGUGAAUGUGUUUAGUUCCAUUAUUAACAAAUGGAAACCUGGUCAGCACGUUUAUUUACGGUUCCCGGAGAUUCAACCACUAGGAAACCAUCCAUUUUCAGUGGCUUCGUUACCGGAAAUCAUAGACAAAACCGAUGGAACUGCCAAACUGAGAUUCAUCGCCAAGGCACAUGGUGGGUUCACGAAAAUGCUUUAUGAACAAGCAGCCAAGAAGACUGAAAAGGAGUAUCAAGUGAUGCUGGAUGGGCCAUAUGGUGGUGUUGAGCGUGAUUUAUAUGCAUUUGACGACGUUUGUCUUGUAGCUUGUGGAUCUGGAGUCACUGCUACUAUUGCGUUUCUGUCUGAUCUAAGUAACAAGCUUGCCACUGUUGGACCACCCACAGGGUUUCCCAUGGCCACUCAGAAAGUGCGAUUCCUAUGGAUUGUGAGAAACUGCCGCAACAUCGAAUGGUUCCGCAACGAGAUUACUAAUGCUCUUGAAAGCGUACCUUCUGGCCUGAUCGAAGUAUACAUCCACAUCACCGGCAACCAAAACAUGGACUCUAAACAAGAGAUCCGGCCAUUUGACUCUCCACACAUCGUGAUCGAGCACGGACCCCGUCCAAAAAUGAACCAAAUUCUUCGCAAAUGGAGCGAAUCCUUCGGCCGACGGACCCUCGUCGUCACCUCUGGCGUCCGCGGCCUCAACUGCGACGUCGGCAACACCGUGGCCGACCUCCAAAAACUCGUCCUCCUCGGCAAAACCAACACCCAUGGCAUCCAGUACGAGGAAAUCAGUCUCCACACUGAAAUGUUUGGCUGGUAA